UGUAUUCCGCAAAUUUGUCUCAUCCCACGGUGACGUCUCUGUGUGCUUUGCUUGCUUUGUUUAUGUUUCGAGAAAGUGCGUGCAAAGUUAUUUCAUUCUAGAACGAACAGUACAUCACCCCGUUGAUUCAAUAUAUUUUGGACGUGUUAAUAUCGUUUGGAACUAUAAAAUAAUUCCAAAGUCAAGUGUUGUAUGACAUUUAGUGGCGAAAUAUUGAUUUCCGAAAACUUCUAGAUUGGCAAUGAGAUGUUUGAUAACAUAUUCAUGUAACAAAAUAAUACAGUAUUAUUAAAAGAGAGAGCAUACCGUUCGCACUGACAAAAAUUCGUUUACGUGGUUCCCGUAUAUGGGAAGAUAUUGAGAAGCAUAGUAUAUUUUGAAUCCGUUCUCUGCAUAAGAGGUAAAACUGGGCACUGGACAAGAGGCCGCCUACUCAUCUCUGGUUUAUCAUAACAAACAAUAACGUGAAACAAGCCAACAGUACGUUGCCGUUGAGAGCGGAAACAAGAAGUGUUAACAGCAUUUGUCAUAUAACUUAAAACGUUUAUUCCGUGUUUUAAAGAAGAAGUCAACAAAUGGAAAUUGAUCCAUCUCCUGUACCACCACCUCAGGAGUAUUGUGAUAAUCCCUCCGUGCCUUAUCAGUCCGAGUCAUCGAUGAACUUUGACUAUUUGCACGGCUUGCACGGCGACACAGCCAUGGAUGCCAGCAAUAGUGGCUCCUCGUCUUCGGCCCAAAUAGAAUCGCCGCGCCACUUUGCAGGCAUUGGCAACUCAUCAUCAAGCAAUUAUGGUGGUGGCCAUGUCGACUACAGCAAAGCGAUUGACAGACCUUUCAAUUUAAAUGAAAGAUUUGUCACGGUAUUGGAUCAGUUGGAUUCCCGGGUGGAGAAAUUUCGGAAGGACGCUUUGGGUCUGCAGGAAAAACGCGACUUUUUGCUUAUGUCCAUAGAUCUAAUUAAAAGCAAUGACUUGAUGCAAAACCUAUCAGAAUCGGAGCGGGAAGAAAUCGGGUGUUAUAUUCAACGUGUCAACGCACGUCUGUCCACAGUAGAACUUAAUGUUCGCACAGUACGAGACCAGUCUCAGGAGGAUUCGCUAAGCCAGAUUAACGCUCUCAUUGAUAUGAUGAUUACGUUGGGCGAUCCCGCCUUAUCGCGCCAAAAGUGUCAGAUGUAUUUGAAUGCCUGUUGCAGUGCCAGCGAGACUGGAACCAUGUCGUCGUUCGCAGCUACUGAUAUGGAUGCCGGUCCUGUCGACAAAAAAUUCGAAAGUGUACUGCUGGGAUGUACUUUGGAUGACCAGAAGAACAUAAAAAAGCGCUUGCAGGCUUUAAUGGGCUAUCUAAAUAAACAAAUUGUUCACCAUUGAAGUUUUCUAACUGCACCUUAGUUUUCAUAAUUUUUAUUAUAGUUUCGUACUUUUCUACAACAUAAUUCGCCAUGAAAACGAAUUUUAUUUUAAUUGUAUUAUUGCAUAUGCGAAAAAAGUAAAGGAGACACAGUAUGGAGAACUUGAAGAACGUUGUGUACUUUGAGUAGACAGUAGGACUUAAUUUUUAUCUUAAAACUGCAGUUUCUUAAAUAGUUAAUAUUUUGAAUUUCGCAUCAGGAUAUUCAAUAAUUUUUUGUUAAUAUACUUAUAUUUAUUUAUGUUUUCUUAACUAGCAUGGAUUGUAUUUGAAUGAAAUACGACAUAUGAUUAAUAAAUGGAUAUGAUAUGAAGAAA